CUUUGCGCUACUAGCUUUGCGCUCUGUGAGCUCCAGUAGGCAUUCGUUUAAAGUUGCGCACGCCCCAGGACUUAGGAAUUCAGAGUCGACCGAUUCGUCACCUCAACUUCGACGAUCCCAACGGUCGUGUGACCACCCUAUGUCAUGGGCUGCCACCACCAUGAGUGAGUCCAGAUCAAUGUAUGUGUCUGCAGAUACGAAAGCGCCAGAUGUUGCAAGAGAUGCAUCGCCAGAGGUAGACAUCGAGAAGAAUGGACCACGGGCAGCCAUCCAGCGGCAGGUGUCAGGACCACCUUAUUCAGUGUUCAGUUCACGAAUGAAAACAUGGAUCAUCUUCCUGGUCUCCAUCUCAGCACUAAUCUCACCGUUUGGCGCUACCACAAUGCUCCCCGCGCUCAAUGUGCUGACAGACGUUCUGGAUAUCACACCCACCAAAGCUAACAUAUCUAUCACUACCUACAUGAUUGCACAAGGAAUUGCUCCAGCUAUCAUUGGAGCCAUGUCCGAUACCAGUGGUAGGAGGCUAUCAUUCAUCGUCUGUUACGUCAUCUACAUCGUUGCCAACAUCGGACUGGCACUCCAGACCAACUAUGUUGCGUUGCUGAUCCUACGUAUGGUUCAAGCCGUUGGGUGCAGUGCGGCCAUCGCUCUUGCUUUCGCCAUUGUGUCCGACAUAUCGACCUCGGCUGAGCGAGGGAAAUACAUGGGCUACGCUGGCGCAGGCAUUCUGUGUGGCCCGGCAUUUGGACCUACAAUUGGUGGAAUCUUAGCACAAUACCUGGGGUGGCGAUCAAUCUUCUGGUUCCUGGCAAUCUUUUCCGGAGUACUGCUCGUCAUCUUCGUCUUUCUUUUCCCAGAGACAUGCAGAAAUGUGGUUGGUAAUGGAUCCAUACCGGCGCGAGGCAUCAGCCAGUCUGUCAUCAGUUGGUAUCAGCGGCGCAAGCUUGCUAAACAAUCGUACCCCGCCGAUCAUGGAGCUGCGGAUGCGACGCCUGCCAAGGCCAAAGUCUCGCUGAACCCGCUCGCAACCUUCCGAAUUUUGUGUGAGAAAGAGUCCUGCAUCAUCCUGUUGUACAAUGGCUUCUUUUUCACAGGCAUGAUGGUAACCACAACGUCGAUACCGGACCUUUUCAAGGCAGCUUACAAUCUCAACGAACUCGACAUAGGACUGUGCUACAUCGCUAAUGGCAUUGGCUCUCUCGUUUCAUCUCUGACCAUGGGCCACGUUGUUGACUGGAACUUCCGGCGCCAUGCUGCACGGCUGAACAUGCCCAUCUCAAAGGGCAAGCAACAGGACUUGACCCACUUCCCGAUCGAGAGGGUGAAGCUCGAGAUUGUGCUCCCAGGCCACAUUAUUGGUGUUCUGGGCCUGAUUAUAUUCGGCUGGACAGUCAAGUUUCAGACACACCUAGCUGGCCCAGAGAUUGCACUUUUCAUUACUGGGUUCGGCAUAUCGACUGCAUUCAACAUCACAAACGGAUUACUUGUUGAUCUGCACCGCGACAAGCCUGCUGCAGCUACAGCAGCGAUCAACUUUGUCAGGUGCUUGAUGAGCGCAGGAGGAUCCGCAGCUAUCAUUCCCAUGUGUAGAGCUAUUAAUCCGGGUUGGGCUUUCACGUUCAUCGGGCUGGUAUAUGUUCUGCUGAUUGGUGCUGUGGUCUGGAUCAUGAAUAAUGGAAUGAGGUGGAGGCAAAGCGCUGCGGAAGCGUUGAGACUGAAGGCUGAUGGUCAUAGAGAAGCUAUAGCUGAAGACCAUACUUGAAUGCUAAGCAAUGUUGUAGCAAAUAUCAUCAUUGAUCAUGC